AUGCCCCCGGGCUCGCGCGAGCAGGCGACAGCCACGACGCGCUCGGAGACCUUCGGGGACCACACGCGGCCCGCGCCGGACUCGGGCCGCGCCUACCCUUCCCUUACUUGGGCAGCAGCUGGUGCGAGCCCGGCGCACAGCGGCGCUCUCCGCCCCACAGCGAACUUCCGAGAAGCCCCGAAGUUCCGGGCACGCGGCUUCGCGUCCCCGGGGCCGCGCCGCUCGCCCGCGCCCCACACUGGCCCCGCACGGGCCCCGGCCCAACGGCCGGCGCGGGGCCGGCCAAGGGCGAAGGCCGCCCCCGACUCCCAGGACCCGGGACUCCAGCCCGCCCCGGGCCUCCAUGCGCCAGAUGCCCGCCCCCGACCCGCCAACCGCUGGGCCCGCCGUCCACCCCCCGACCCCCGACGUCCGCCCGCGGCCGCAACGCCCGCGUCCCUUGCCCGACGCCCACCCCGGCCCCACCCCGGGACCCGGGACCCCGGCCCCACCCCGCGGCCCCGGACCCCCACUGACCCCCCCCCCAGCCAGACGGCGCAGCCCCGAAACCCCGACCCCACAGCAGGCCGCAGGUCCCGACCCCCGGCCCGUCCCGACCCCCGGCCCAACCCUCCUCCCCGGCCCCACACCGGCCCGACGCCCGACCCCCGCCCGCGGGCGACCCUCACCGAGGACAGGGAGCCGGCGGCGAGCAGGAGGCGCGUCGGGGCGGCGGCCCGGGUCCCCUCGGCUCCGGCACGGCGGCGCUGGCGGCGGAAGUGCGUCACGCGGCGGCGGCGCGGCGACGAGCACUUCCGCCCGGCUCUGACGCCGCGCAUGCGCCCCGCCCCGCCCGCCUUCCCGAAGGCCAACUCGGUCCCUCAGGCUGGGGCCGGACAGGACCCGAGGCCUCCGGGCUCCCGCGUGGUCUCCGCGCGUGUCAGCCCUGGUUUGCCGCCGCCCUUCGCGGUCAGAGUACGGGGGCCCACUCGCCGUACCCCGCCUCGCAGGGAGAAGACAACUCCUGCCCCGCUCAGCUGUCGGGCAGCUGCUGCCAUUGGGGGCCCUGUGCGGGCCGGGCCGUGCGGGGUGCGGGGGACGCCACGGGGAGCAGAGGGAGCCUUCGAGGAUCAGGAGACUCUGGAUGCCCCGGCUGCCUGUUGGCAGGGGCGUUCCCAAGGACAGCACGAGUCCCUGCUCGCCCACCAGGGCAGCCCCCACCCCCAGGCCCCGGGGACGCAUGUGCUGUCCGCAGAGUUCAGUCCAAAUUCCCAUCAGCUCCGCAGCUGGGGCACACCCGGCACACACCACCCCCGUGUGCUAGGCACCUUCCACACCGCCGGGCUGUGGCCCGCUGAGCAGGUGCUGUCCUUGGGGGAGGCGGGGCUGAGGCUGCAGACCGCUCCGGGCGCCGUGCCCCUGCCGCUGCUGGGAGGCAGCGGGGUCCUGUCUCGGAGCCCAUCUUCUGCUGGCGUCAGGAACCAGGACACUACCUGGGAGGGCACCGCUCAGACCCUGGAGGCCCCCUCCCCCCCACCGGACAACGCGCCCCCGGGCCCCGCGACAGGCCGUGUCGGGGGCUGGCGGGCCCACCGGCGUCCUCCGGGCCUGGUGCUCCUGACCCCUCCGCCGGCUUCGCUGCUCUGGACCCCAGCAGUGCCCGGCGUGUGUGAGGCGCUGGCGCGCGGCUUGGUGGACGUGGCCCUGCCCUGCAGGAGGACACGUGGAGGGGCCUCGGGGGGGACGGUGAUGGCAGCAGAGCACGCGCUCCUUCACACCGUGCUGCGCCCGCUGCGCCGCUCAGGGGAUCUGAGCGGGAACCACAGUAAACGGGUGUGGACCCUUCUCUUGCCGGGCCACUUCCCCGGGGCUCCUCCGGCUGUCCCCCCACGGGCGUCCCCUGCUCCCCGUGUCCCCCCGUGCCGGCAAGGCCAGCCCCCCAGAGGCUCAGCAGAGGGGCUGGGAGCACCCGCAGGCGGCCGCAUGCGCGGGGUCAGCCCUGCGGCCUGCGCCUGGCCUGUCUGUGAAGGCCCCAACUUCAUCUCCGCGCCGUCCCUCGGAGGUGGCCGGCCAAGGGGGACUCUCACCCAGCUGCCCGAGGUCUACGUGGACGCGCGGCGUUCGUGA